CUAGAGUCUAUUAAAUUAAAUUAAAUUAAAUUAAAAAUGUAAAUAGCCGUGUUGUCCGCGUAGUUUACCUAGUCAAGUUCCUUUGUUUUCCAGAGUCUAACUAUAUUAUAUAGUCUGAUAAGUUGUUUAUGUUUACGCAGAGAAAUCUGUUUAAGUGAUGAUGGGGAAGAAGGUGUUAAAAUCAGAAGAAGUGUUCCUUGAGCACAAGAGAAAGAAAAAAUGGGUUGAAUGUAAGGAUGGAAGUUGCAGCUUCAUGAUAUAUGCUCGAUCUCUUUUUGUGACAUGGGGUCAUCGAGAAUAUUGGUCUUGGACCAGUUUUAAAGAUACUGAUGAUGAAAAUAUUGAAGUAGCAAAACUAUUGAGUCUGUGCUGGCUUGACGUAAGAGGAAAAUUCGCAAUGUCAGAACUCUCGGCAGGUAUAACAUAUGAGGUUGUAUACGUAGUUAAGUUGACAAAAUCCGCAUCCGGAUGGGAGCUUCCUGUUAUGCUAAAAUUAAGCGCGCCAGGUGAAGAAACUAAGAUUAGGCAAGUCAGCCUGUUGAUGAAACCAAAAGGGGAAUGGUUUGAGCUUAAUUUGGGUAGUUUUCAAGCAAAAGAUGGUGAAAACGGAGAGGUGUGUUUCGAUAUGUAUGAACAUGGUGGUCAUUGGAAGACUGGGCUUGUUGUCAAAGCUGCCAUUAUUAGGCCUAAACAUUAGCUUCUUUUCUUGAAUUGAUGAUACUAUUAUCAAUAGAUAUUUUUUUGGGGCUUCUUGUAUGUAUUACCAA